GCUUCAAAACGUUUCGGAAUGUUGCAGAGUCUGAGUCGUAGUCUCGUUACAUUACGUAUUUUUAGUUACACCCCCCCCCCCCUUUUUUUUUCUUUCUGAAGUUUCUUUUGUUGAACCUUCUCACGUGUUUUGUUUUGUAGCAGUCGCUGGGGAAAAAAAACAAAAAACGAAGCUUUUUACACUUUGGUGUGCGGCUAGCACUAGCUACGUGCUGACCUUAGCUCAACUGCGAUCAUGGCAGAUGAAACCUUCACGGACAUCAACGGAAACGUGUUGUCGCUCGACUGUCAGAGUCACUCCACUUUCUGCAGGGAGAUCACCAUCAGCUCCCCUAAAACCUCCGUUAGCAGACUGCUGGUGUGCAGCUGCUCCGUGUGGCUGGUAGCCUACACCGUGUUCUUUUUCACAGAGAACACUGCUUUUUUAUCCAGCGCUAUCCUCAUCACGCUUGUUGGAAUGAUUCUUUACAUCCACUUUGUGAAGGUGGACCACGAGUCCUUGCUGCUCAUUGGCUCAUUAGGCCUCCAGGUGUCAUCCAUCUACGCCUCAGGACGUGAGACCACCGCGUUCAUCGAGAUGAGCAAGAUUAAGGACGUUGUCAUCAAUGAAGCCAUUUAUAUGCACCAUGUCAUCUAUUACCUCUGCGUACUCUUGAAAGACAGUUCAGACCCUGAUGCAGUGUCAAGUGUCGUUCCGUUGUUUCAGAGUUCAAAGCCAAGGCUGAACUGCUUAGUGAAAGUCUACAAGAGCUGUCAAGAGAUCCUUUCAAAACAAACUAACAUUGUAAUAUAACAUAAUCUGAAGUUUCUGCCUUCACAAGCCACUUUUAAUAUUUUUGAUGGAGUAUUUUUCUGAAAUUUACCUCUUAAUGAUGAAAAUAUAGCAUGUUGAGCACAAACAUCAUAGCUACUACAUCAUAUUACCCUUAUUUGACUGUCUUUGUAGUCUAUGAAUGAUUUAAUGACUUCAAAAAUGUUAUGUACCUCAUGCAUGUUGUGUAUGCUGUUGGCAGUCCCCUCAACUACUUCAUUAUUGUGACGAAUGGCCUCUCUAAGUUUAAUUUAUAAUAGUAUUACUUGAUGUUUUGUAUUAAUCCUUAAGUUCUGAAUAAGGCUACGCAUAUACCCUGUAAAAUACAGUGUGCGAAUAGAUACAUUGAAUGAGUCCAACUCCUCCACUUGUUAAGAGGAUAACUCCAAAACAGUAAAUGCUGUCAUCUUGUAUAUCUCCAUUUGAAAACAGCAUAUAAUGAGGGUAAACCAAUUAAAAUAUGGUGAAUUUUGAUGCACCAGGUCAAUCAAAAUGCUACUUUGUUUUG